AUGGACUACCUCCGGGAGGAGCCUCUAGCAGCCGGUCUGCUCACUGCGCUCGUGUCAUCUGUUGCCCCCACGCCGACGUCGCCGCCUUUCGCUGCGUCUCUUACAUCUGCGCAGAAUGCUUCUUCUACCUCCGACCCCGGAAAUGGCGAUGGCGGCGGAGGGAGCCUGCAUGAGUGGUCCUCGCUGAUCGGUAUCAUAACUGCGCUGGCUGGGAACGUGUUGAUUUCUCUGGCUCUGAAUAUUCAACGCUAUGCGCAUAUUAGGAUCGGGAGGGAAUUGGAGCAUGAUAAGCAACAGCAGGAACUCGAUUGGAAACGCGCAAACCCAGGCCGUGGGAAUUCGGGGUCCUAUGGCGCGGUUUCGGAGCAUGAUCAGCAAAAUGGCCAUCGAGGACGGGACCAUUUCAAGCGCUUCGGUCGGUAUCGCGACGAAUCGCCGGAUGCUCCGUACCAUGACCAGCCUCACAUCGAUCUUGGACCGGACGACGAGAUGCCGGACAAUGCUUCAGACACCCACGAUCGGAUGCGGGAGUCCGUGUCGUCAGAUAGGACCGUGCGACCUGGAGAGAAAGAUCUACGUCGCAAAUCCUACCUUCGAUCGCCGUAUUGGUGGGUUGGCAUCGUGCUGAUGUGUCUGGGUGAGGUAGGAAACUUCAUGGCCUACGGAUUUGCCCCAGCAUCGAUUGUGUCGCCCCUGGGCGUGGUCGCCUUGAUCUCGAACUGCGUCAUUGCUCCGUUCAUGCUGAAGGAGAAAUUCCGGAAGCGAGAUUUCUGGGGCGUUAUCGUUUCGAUCGCUGGAGCUGUGGUGGUUGUCCUCAGUGCGAAAUCAUCCGAGGAGAAAAUCGGGCCUCAUGAUAUCUGGGUGAUGAUCACGCGCUGGGAGUUUGAGCUGUACUUGGGACUUACCGCAGCACUGAUUGUGGGCCUCAUGUGGUCGAGUGGGAAGUACGGAUCACGAUCUAUCCUGAUCGAUGUCGGGCUGGUGGCUCUGUUUGGUGGAUAUACGGCUCUGUCAACCAAAGGUGUAUCCUCGCUUUUAUCAUUCACUCUGUGGCAUGUGAUUACCUUUCCGAUCACCUAUCUCCUAGUCCUGGUCCUCGUGUUCAGCGCUCUCAUGCAAAUCCGCUACAUCAACCGAGCGCUGCAACGAUUUGACUCUACCCAAGUGAUUCCCACUCAAUUUGUGCUUUUCACACUCUCUGUUAUCAUUGGAAGUGCAGUGCUCUAUCGGGAUUUCGAAUCAUACACCGUCACGCGAGCUGCAAAGUUCGUGGGCGGCUGUCUUCUCACUUUCCUUGGUGUGUACUUUAUCACGAGUGGCCGCGUCCGCUCCGACGACGAGUCCUCUUAUUCUGCCGAAGAUGAAGAGGAAGCGAUUGGUCUAUUUGAGGGAGAAAGGUACCGGGACCAAGUCGACAUGUCGCCUCCAGCACGGCACACCAGAGUCCAUGAGACCGGCCAAAAGGUUCCGGAGGAGCAUGACGAUGAGCUGCAAUCCCCGGCCGGUUCGUUCACCAGUCGUGGCAUUGAGGGUCUUGACGAAGGCCAGUCGCCAGUGGGAUCACUGACCGUGGAAUCACCCCAAGCAUCUCCUGCGCCCUCGCCCUUCCACUCCGAGUCUCUUUUGACAAACCCCUGGGCAGAUGUUCAAAGGCCAGGAAUCGAUACGCACAGGUCCGAACCUCAGAUCCCCCGUCCCUCCACUCCGGAACAAUCGGGUUCGACUGUACUUCUGCGCUUCCCUCCUGCUCCUGGUGCCGAAGACCAAGCGCCUCCCAAGACUGCCAGUCCUGCCGAUCCCGAACAGCCCAAAACCCAAAACACCCUCAUUCCCCAAACCCCACCGGCCCGCCGACUGCGCAAUUCCAUCUCAUCUCGCUUCUCCCCGGGUCCUCUCCUCCCCACCAUCUCGGCCGGGUUUAGCGCCGUCGUUGCCGAGUCCCUUCGUCGCGGCGAGACUAGUCCAGUGAAGGAACGGAAACCUCGACGAAGAGAACGAGGGAAACACCUCAGCACGACGGUCCUCGACGGAUUCCUCCGCAGCCGAGAUUCGGACCCACGCGCCCCCGACCCUGAUGCCGCAACCAACGAUCAACCCGGCCCUGCAGACGGUGCAUUCGAUCCCCGAUUCGCGCUGGCAACAGCCCGUCUUCACUCCACAGGCGAUCUGGCCACUGCACCAGUGACGACUGGGCACUCGACCCCUGGGCUUGAUGGUGGUGAGAUCCACCGUCCUUCUCAGGGCGAGGAAACGGCUUCGCUCUCGCGACUCCGAAGUCUCAGCGACUCAUGGAGUGGAGGCUUAUCCUGGCUCGGCAACACACUGCGCAGACAGGACGGUAGAACCCCGACCGAGAACCAUUCCACAGCUGGCAUUCAAACAGACAGCCAAUCUCAGCACCCUCAUGAUCAGGCUUCCCACAAUGACCAAUCCCAUCAACAGGAUGACCCGUCAGACCGUGUAUAA